UCACCUGCACUCCUCCUCUACCAAAGCACAGCCUCAGCACCCAACACCAUGUGUGGCAGCUACUACAGAAACUACUAUGGCGGCCGCGGCUAUGGAUGCUGUGGCUAUGGAGGCCUGGGCUAUGGCUAUGGAGGCCUGGGCUGUGGCUAUGGCUCCUGCUGUGGCUCUGGCUUCCGCACCCUGGGCUGUGGCUAUGGCUGUGGCUAUGGCUAUGGCUCCCGCUCCCUGUGUGGCUGUGGCUAUGGAUGUGGCUCUGGCUAUGGCUCUGGCUUUGGCUACUACUACUGAGGCUGUCAUGGAAGACUCUCACCUUAUACAACUGAUACCAAGAUUCAACAGUUUUGAAGCCCACGUCUAUCAGCCUCAGGCUUCAGUGAAGAUUGUCCUGUAAUGGGAGCUCCUGUGGGUUGCUAUGACCUUUGUGAAUCCUAGUCAUUGCCUCCUGUAGGAGACUGACCACAUGAAAUUCUUUGGAGAUUUCACAACUCUGGUCUCCUCAGUGUGAUGGCUUCAGAAAAACUGCCUUGAUAACUUUCAUGAGAGAACUUGUUUCUUUGGCCCAAAUAAACUUCUUCAAUCUAAAA